UAUUUGGCCCAUCUAGUCAAUGCUUAAACAACCACUUAAGGUAUCUAUUGCAACUACCUGACUGGGACCAUCGCCUUCCAUACACCUACCAUCCAGGCUCCCAUCCAAACUUCUUUCAAAUGGUGAAACUGAGCUCACAUGUACCCCUUGUGCUGACAUCUCAUGCCACACUCUCACAACCAAUUCAGUGAAGAGCUUUUCCAUGUGCUCCCAUUAAAUGUUCACCUUCCCCGCUUACCCAUGACCUCUAGUUGUCAUCCCACCCAACCUCAGUGGAAAAAGCUGCUUGCAUUUACCCUAUCUAUACCCUCAUAAUUCUGUAUACUUCCAACAAAUCCUCAUGCAAUGUUUAAUUACCUUGUCUAUGUUUAGUGCAUUUUUUAGGUGUAUAAGAUGACGAGCAGCAUUGAUCGUGUAGGUAGCCAGAGGUUUUAUUCCCAGGACUGAAAUGGCUAACACGAGGGGGCAUAGUUUUAAGGUGCUUUGAAAUAGAUACUGAGGGGAUGCCAGUGGUAAGUUUUUUUACACAGGUAGUGGGGGGUUCAUGCAAUACACUGCUGGCUAUUUGUGUGAGAGUGUUUCAGUUAUUGCGGGGCCAGGAACCCAUGCAGCUCAGUGGGAACAGGGAACAAUACCAGUGGAGAGAGUCAAACUUAGCCAGGUCACGGAUUGGAGAUGGCAGAAAUGCCCCAUUCAUAUGGAGACAGGAAGAGCAUCAGAGAGUUUGAUGGUCAUUCCAGAUACCAGCACCCUGCCCAGUCAGGAGAUGAUUUCUCUCUCCAACUUGGGUUGAACUUCACUGUAACAGUGUGAUGCCAGAUCACACCUUGACAACUUAUGUGAACUCAUCUGAAAUGUUGUCCUUCACCCAUUGACAGAUAUUGUAAAUCUUUUUACAGGUCAAAAAUGACAAGGAAUUUUUGUACGGGAAUCUAGAGCUCAACACACCAGUUUUGCUGUCUCUGUCCAGAUAUUUAAGAAGUGGAGCAAGGGAUUCACUCAAUCAUCCUUCCUGCUCAGACUGUGGGGAAGGAUUCACUGAAUCAUCUGACCAACUGGCACACCCAUCAUUUUGCACAGGGUGGAACGAUUCACCUGAUCAGACAGUGGAAAUGGAAUCACUCGGACUUCUCAACUGAAGGUACAUCAGCUAGUUCAUACUGGGCAAGGCCAUUCACCUGUUCUGUGGGUGAGGAGGGAUUCAGUCAGUCUUUCCACUUGUGGACACACCAGUCAGUUCACACUGGGCAGAGGCUGGUCAUUUGUUGAAUUUUGGGGAAGCAUUCACUCGGUCAUCUGACCGAAUGGCUCACCAGCGAGUUCACACCGGGGAGAGGCCGUUCACCUGCUCGGAAUGUGGGAAAGGAUUCACUUGCUCAUCUAAACUGAAAUUACAUCAGCGUGUUCACAGUGGGGAGAGGCCGUUCACCUGCUCGGACUGUGGGAAGGGAUUCACUAUGUCAUCUAAUCUGAAGGUACAUCAGAGAGUUCAUACUGGAGAGAGGCCGUUCACCUGCUCAGACUGUGGGAAGGGAUUCACUAUGUCAUCUAAUCUGAAGGUGCAUCGGAGAGUUCAUACUGGAGAGAGGCCGUUCACCUGCUCAGACUGUGGGAGGGGAUUUACUUGCUCAUCCAAACUGAAAGUACACCAGCGAGUUCACACUGGGGAGCGGCUGUUCACCUGCCCGGACUGUGGGAAGGGAUUCACUUGCUCAUCCGAACUGAAAGUACACCAGCGAGUUCACACCGGAGAGAGGCCAUUCAUCUGCUCAGACUGUGGGAAGGGAUUCACUCAGUCAUCCCAUCUGAAGGUUCACCAGCGAAUUCACACUGGGGAAAGGCCGUUCAUCUGCUCAGACUGUGGGAAGGGAUUCACUUGCUCAUCCGACCUGAAGGUCCACCAGCGAGUUCACACGGGGGAGAGGCCAUUCAUCUGCUCAGUCUGUGGGAAAGGAUUCAGCUGGUCUUCUCAACUGAAAUCACAUCAGAGAGUUCAUACUGGAGAGAGGCCAUUCACCUGCUCAGACUGUGGGAAGGGAUUCACUGCGUCAUUCCACCUGAAGAUACAUCAGAGAGUUCACACUGGAGAGAGGCCAUUCAUCUGCUCAGACUGUGGGAAGGGAUUCACUCAGUCAUCCCAUCUGAAGGUUCACCAGCGAGUUCACACUGGGGAGCGGCCGUUCACCUGCUUAGACUGUGGGAAGGGAUUCACUUGCUCAUCCGAACUGAAGUUACAUCAGCGAUUUCACACUGGGGAGCGGCCGUUUGCCUGCUCAGACUGUGGGAAGGGAUUCUCUGUUUCAUCCCAGCUACUGAGUCACCAGUCAGUUCACACCGGGGAGAGGCCAUUCAGCUGCUCGGAGUGUGGGAAGGGAUUCACUAUGUCAUCUAAUCUGAAGGUACAUCAGAGAGUUCAUACUGAAGAGAGGCCGUUCACCUGCUCAGACUGUGGGAAGGGAUUCACUAUGUCAUCUAAUCUGAAGGUGCAUCGGAGAGUUCAUACUGGAGAGAGGCCGUUCACCUGCUCAGACUGUGGGAGGGGAUUUACUUGCUCAUCCAAACUGAAAGUACACCAGCGAGUUCACACUGGGGAGCAGCUGUUCACCUGCCCGGACUGUGGGAAGGGAUUCACUUGCUCAUCCGAACUGAAAGUACACCAGCGAGUUCACACCGGAGAGAGGCCAUUCAUCUGCUCAGACUGUGGGAAGGGAUUCACUCAGUCAUCCCAUCUGAAGGUUCACCAGCGAAUUCACACUGGGGAAAGGCCGUUCAUCUGCUCGGACUGUGGGAAGGGAUUCACUUGCUCAUCCGACCUGAAGGUCCAUCAGCGAGUUCACACUGGGGAGAGGCCGUUCACCUGCUCAGUCUGUGGGAAAGGAUUCAGCUGGUCUUCUCAACUGAAAUCACAUCAGAGAUUUCACACUGGAGAGAGGCCAUUCACCUGCUCAGACUGUGGGAAGGGAUUCACUGCGUCAUUCCACCUGAAGGUACAUCAGAGAGUUCACACUGGAGAGAGGCCAUUCACUUGCUCAGUCUGUGGGAAGGGAUUCACUCAGUCAUCCCACCUAAUGGCUCACCAGCGAGUUCACACUGCGGAACGGCCGUUCACCUGCUUAGACUGUGGGAAGGGAUUCACUUGCUCAUCCGAACUGAAGUUACAUCAGCGAGUUCACACUGGGGAGCGGCCGUUUGCCUGCUCAGACUGUGGGAAAGGAUUCUCUCUUUCAUCCCAGCUACUGAGUCACCAGUCAGUUCACACCGGGGAGAGGCCAUUCAUCUGCUCAGUCUGUGGGAAGGGAUUCAAUUGGUCAUCUCACCUGCAGAGACACCAGUCAGCCCACACGGGGAAAUGGCCAUUCACCUGCUCAGUCUGUGGGAAGGGAUUCACUCAGUCAGCUCAAUUGAAGGUACAUCAGCGAGUUCACACCGGGGAGAGGCCGUUCACCUGCUCAGUCUGUGGGAAGGGAUUCAAUUGGUCAUCUCACCUGCAGAGACACCAGUCAGCCCACACGGGGAAAUGGCCAUUCACCUGCUCAGUCUGUGGGAAGGGAUUCACUUGGUCAUAUAAGCUGAAUAGACAUCAGCGAGUUCACACUGGGGAGAGGCCGUUCACUUGCUCUGUCUGUGGGAAGGGAUUCGCUGAGUCAUCUGAACUGAAGAUACAUCAGCGAGUUCACACUGGGUAGAGGCCGUUCACUUGCUCUGUCUGUGGGAAGGGGUUCGCUGAGUCAUCUGAACUGAAGAUACAUCAGUGAGUUCACACUGGGUAGAGGCCGUUCACUUGCUCUGUCUGUGGGAAGGGAUUCGCUGAGUCAUCUGAACUGAAGAUACAUCAGCGAGUUCACACUGGGUAGAGGCCGAUCUCCUGCUUAGAGUUUGGCAUAAGAUUCUCUCAGCCAAAUCAACCGAAUGUGCAUCAUUGAGUUCACACUGGGGAGAGGCUUUUCACCUGCUGUGAAUAUGGGAAUCGAUUCACUCAGUCCUCUAACCAUAUGCAACUCUCACUUCGGCUAGCAGCUUAACUUUUAGAGUGAUAGCUCCCCAACCCAGCCAACUUAAGAAAUCUCAUUUGGGUGGAUGCUUCAUGAUGUGUCCCGUUCCAAAUCAGUACACUGAAAUAACAAACUGUACACAAUAUGUGAUUAAACAAUUGAGAUUUAUAAUUCCUACUUAGACUAUAGGGUUAGUAAAGAAAACAAAAAGAAAGAAAAAGGGCCCAGUCUCUCCUCUCUCCAUUCACAUCUUCUCAUCUCUCCCCAGCAAAAGGUGGUGAAAUUCUCUCUUCCAGACUCACAGGAAAGAACAACAUUUCUGCCAUUGGAGAGCCCCGCACUCCCAAACCCUGUUAUCUCUAGUCAUAACCUAAACAUUGUUGCUGCAGAGAAUCAAUUACCUUAGCAGUGAAACAUUACAUAGAGGCCAUUACAGUAGCCGUGAAACCUUGCAGCAUGUUAUACUUGUGACUCACCGCCGGGUUCACACUGGGCAGGAAGUUUCAAUAAGCUGUAUGCUGGAUAUUUCUCCAUCCAUUGCUGAAUGCGAUUUCAAGACUGACUGUUGGUGCUGAACUCUGCAAUUAUUGCUGCUGCUCACCACACCCAGUUCUGCACCCUGGUCACUGGGCAUGGGAGGAGUUUCUUCUGCUGCACAUUCUCCUUUAAUGGGACUGGAGUUUAAUAUUCUGCAUCUGAGACAAAUAAAUCAGUUCUAUUUUAAACUUUGUCUUUGGAACUCUGUGAGUUUACAACACAACUAGUGGACUCAGGCCGGCUGGACCCUGCCAAUGAUUCUAUUCCUUGACAGUCCUUUUAAAUCCUCCCCUAUUGUUCAUCUCCUGCUUCCCUGUGGUGAUGGGUUCCAAACCAGUGGUGAAGAGGUUUCCCUUAAUUUUUCUACUGACUGAAGAAGUCACACAUAUUGCAGUUCUGUCUGAGAUGUUCUUCACCCCUCAGAUCUCUGGGCUGAUGAAGAAUGACAUUGGGAGUUAACCUCCUUAUUCAGGGCACAUUUCCAUAUUUUGGGCCAUUUUCCCUGCUUCUAAAGGGUUGUUAGAAAACACCACUCUACUCUAAAGACUGAAAGCCAAAUGGGAAACCAUCCAUUGGAUGUUCAACGAAGCAGGGUCAGAAACCAGAGGCGGGUCCGCACAUUGCAGAGUUUGGGGCUCUGGACGAUGGUCGGGAUAAGAAUGUAUGGUGAGGAGAAGGGAAUCAGCAGCGGGACGUGGCAACAAAUGACAGAUAGCAAGAUUUGGAAGCUCAUUUGAUGGAAAAUAAUUCAGUUGUCUGACUGACAACACAGACAAUGCCUGUUGUGAGAUUCCUCAUUUGUUGAGGCACAUGUGUGUUCAGAAUGGUAAUAUCUAUUGAAGGAGUUAUUCCUGAUUGUUUAUCCUGUAAUAUUAUAUCUGGAUAGUUAUUUUUGAUUAACCUGUCUGUUAUAAUGUAUUGAUUAUAAUAUAAAUUGUGAGAUUCUGUCCCUAACUGGAUAUGGCUUCAAUUUAUGGUGCCUUAAUGAGGUGAUAGAGGUCAUUCAUGAGUUUGUAUUUUUAAGCAAGAUUUUGGUGAAUUAUAUUUGCCACUUGAUUGUACUUGCAUAAGUAAUCAGAUUGAGUUAAACUGCUGCAGGAUCCGAGGAAUAUGUUGGAUUGUGUCUGGUUUCUCUUGGCAUUUUCUGCAUUUAUUGCCUUGUUUGUAUGUAUUUGUGAGUUUUUUGUUAACCACCUUGUCCUGUAUUUCUGCAAGGAAUCCCUCUGUUUCUGGGAAGAGGUGUCCAACUCUCAGUCAGGUGCUUGAUGCUUCCUUUUCAACAUCUUGUCUGCUCAGAUCGUUGGGAUGUCUCCCAUGGAGAGUCAUACUCAUUCCAUUUGUUAAUGUUUUCUUCCAUAUUGAUUAUUCAUUUUUCUGAGUUGGCCUCUCAUUUAAGUUUUCUGGUCUUCUUAGCACAAUUGCACAUACACACUUGGAGUGCUGAAUCCCGUUUACUUUUGAAGAAAAUAUACACCUAAAAGUUU